AUGGAGAAUUGGAUUAGAGAGUUUGACAAGAUCUUCGUCACUCUCCAGGUCCCUGAAGAGAUGAGAGUAGACUCCGCAGCCUACCAUCUCACUGAAGAUGCUGAUAUCUGGUGGACCAACAACAAAGAUAAUUUUACCACCAAAGUCACAUACGAUGAGGAUGGUUUUGAGGAGGUGGAGACAAAGGAAUUUGGUUGGAAAGAGUUCAAGAAGGCGCUACGCGCUGAGUUCUUCCCACCUCAUAUGAGGAAAAGGAAGAGAUCUGAGUUUGAACAGCUGGAGCAAGGAGAUAUGUCUGUCCAAGACUUUUAUACCAAUACCUUGAGUUGUCUCGUUUUGUGCCUGAAUUGGUCCCAAAUGAACAAGAAAGAGCUCAGAGGGAGGGAUUGUGAAGGCAAUAAGGUGACGUGUAAUUAUUGCAAGAAGGAGGGGCAUAGAGCUUAUGAGUGUUUCACUAACCCUGAUGCUAAGAUUGGCCGCAAUUAUGAGGUGUUGAGGACACCCACUGCUAGUACAGCUAGUAAUCGCCCAACUACUUCUGCAGCUACAAAUCGUAGCGCAGGAACGGCUAAUGCUGCUCAGGCUAAGAGAAGUCUUGAGAAAAAGAACACGGGCAACCUUAAUCAUCUUAAGCAAGCAGAUGCAGAUAACCAGGGGAAUGCAGUGACCGGUACUUUCUCUAUCUAUUUUACACCUGCCUACGUUCUAUUUGAUUCAGGUGCAUCACAUUCAUUUAUAUCUGAAACUUUUGCAAAAAGGUUAAACUUAGAAAGUGUCACACCUUGUGAGGCCGAUAUUUCGUUCCUUCUGGUCUAA